UAACAGCACGUACGUAAGCUGUAACAAUAAACUGUAACUCUAGGGGGUAGUGUGCACAGACGAGUUGUGGAUAUCAUAAACGAGAGAAAGUAGCUACGGAAAUGACGUAGUGGGCGGGAAGGUGAAGCUUUUCUCAAAAACAACAGCGCUCAUUUUUACUUCUGUAAUUUUAUGAUGGCGGACAGAAAUCUGGUUCAGGAGCUAAAACGCUGGGCGACAGAGGAGUUCAACCUUCCUCCGGACAGUUUGCCAAAUGACAGCUAUUUCAAAACGCUGUGUGUGGGAACAGGGAAGUCAAUUUGGAAAUAUGUAAUUCAACAUGUAUAUCAUCAAAGGAAAAUAAAGAUGAUCCGUGGCAAUCUUAAAUGGUACAACAUGCUUCAAGAAAAUCAGAUGAAACAGGCAGAGGGCAAAAGUGAAGCCGCUAAACAGAAAGACCUUCAGAGAGAAAUAGAGAAACUUGCUGCUGAAAUUGCACACUUGGAUUCACAGAUCAGUGGAACAGAGGAGCAACUAGCCACACAAGAGCAGUCGAUCGGGCGCACAUGGGCACAGGUUGAGGAUAACCGCUGCAGAGAGCUGCUUCUUUUGUCCUUAAGGCAGCACUGUGUUGAGGACCGCCAGGUGCUCAUAGAUGACAUCAAAAAGAUCAAUGGGCACAGCCAGGCUCUUGAACAGAUGACUAGGAAAGCUGAGGUGGAAGUUUUGUUUGAUAAAAAAUCUUUAAGCGAUAAAGAAAGUCUAAACUCUAAAGCUGCCCCAGAAGCACAAGUGCUACGUGAAGUGCGGGAAUUGUGUAAUGACAGGAUACAGUUUUAUCAGUCAUUACAGGAGAGUGAACUGAAAAUGGAGGACACACUGAUGACACGUGAACAGAGAAAGUCAGUGUUUCAGUACUGGUUGAGUGCAGCUGAGGAUCUGCUGUGUGGCUAUCCUCCAAACCAAAUCCUCUCAGCACUGCAAUAUCUAGCUGUUUCUGAGCAGAAAGACCUUGAAGACAAAGUUGGGUCAUUAAACGUGACUCAUGACGCCACCGCUCUAAAGUUCCGCUUUGAGGAUGAUCAUCUUAUGGAUAUAUCAGCAGAGGCAGCAGAAGAACUACCACCUGUUAAGACUCUUUUACAGGCCGCAUGGGAGGAGGUAGAGCAAAGUUUGGUAGAACUGGCUCAAACUCGAGUGAGGGUAACAGCACUUAGGAACCAAUUACUUUCUCACAAGAAGGAAACUGAGCAGGAAAUGUCUGGUUUUGCUGAGGAUCUUCAUAAUGACUCCUUAGCAAUGUCCACUUUGGAGGUGGAACUCCAGUGUGUGAUGCAAGCAGCAACAAGGGAUUUUAUCCGUGAUCGUUGUAUUCAAAUGGACCAACAAGCCAGGAGCAGACAGGAAGUGCUCCGGAACCUUCAGAGUCAGUGGCAAAGCAUUUUGAACUUCAGAAAACUAGUGGAUUUGAGACAAGAAGACAUCAGAAGUCUGAUAAAGGCUAACUCUACAGCUAAGACAGACCUUAUUCGCCAACAAAAAGAGUUACAAGAUUUUGUACAAGGAAAGCUGGUGCCCAAAUUUGACGAUGUCACCAGUGCAGUAUUUAAUGUAAGAAAUUCGAUUUCUAAGGAGGCCAAGCAACUGGGAACCCUGUCACUUCUUGCAUUGGACCGCAGAACUGUUGAGGGAACACAAAGAAUCCCAGCCUCAUGGCUUUCCAUCCAUCGCUUGCAGUCGCCACUGUUUAGGACUUUAUGCCAGAACAUGUUUUUCCCGUUAUACAGAGCUCCAGAUGAGCUCUGCUCUCAUGCUCGCUCACAGUGGUUGGAGUUGUGGCACCUUCAACAGUUACUGCAGCUACAAUCUGCUACUCUGAAAAACACACAGAAAGAAACAGAAUUAUUACAUGCAUCUGAUCAAAAAGCCUUGCUGUCCAAAGUCCAUGAGGAAGAUCAGAAACUUUUAAAAGCUUUGGUACCAAGAGUCCGCAGUCUCACUCAGUGCUGUGCACAAGGGCUUUCUUAUGGAGACCAAGUCAAAAUUGCCAUCUCUUAUUGGUAA